AUGGAGCGACAGGGAGUGGACAUGUCCCACGUGGAGACCAAGGACCAGGAGCUGCAACAGUUGGACAGCAAGGAGCAUCAGCAGGGCGAGGAGAACCGCGACGAUGAAGCUGGUCUUGGACCACCUAGUGCCAACCGCCAAAUGAUGCUGGAAGGGAAGUCAGGAUCCUAUUUUUCUUCUCUGGACUCAAGCAUCGAGAUCUUGAAGAAAAGAGCCCAGGAGCUCAUCGAAAACAUCAAUGAGAGCAGGCAAAAGGACCACACACUCAUGACCAACUUCAGGGACAGCCUUAAGAUUAAGGUUUCGGAUCUGACAGAGAAGUUAGAAGAGAGGAUGUAUCAGAUUUAUAAUCACCACAACACGAUUAUUCAGGAAAAGCUCCAAGAGUUCACUCAGAAAAUAGCAAAGAUCAGCCAUUUGGAAACAGAACUCAAACAAGUCUGCCACACCGUGGAGACCGUAUACAAAGACUUGUGUGUCCAGUCUGAGCAUAAGGCACUACCCCCUCAGAAGAGGGAGGGUCGGAGGGUACAGAGCAAACUUCUGGUGUGA